UACAAAAUGGUUUUAUACACAGGCAUUACCUGAACGUAUAUUGAAAGGGCACUUUCACCAUAUUUGUGAAAUUACAAAUAUAACAAUCGGCGAUAGGAUCAUCUCUAAUCAUUCAGGUCAAAAGACCUCUAUUCAAGUAUUGAAAGGGUUGGAAUAUCCUGACUCAGUUGUAAUGUCUAUCACACGGCACAAAACCCAACAGGGUUUAGCAUCAUGCGAACGACCCAAGUCAGUAAUGCAGCACCAGGGGUUGAAUAGAUUUUUUAAUGCACUAACGUUGGUUUCAAAGUCUCCACCACCUGAAUCAAAAGAUGAAAAUAGCAAAAUGAUCGAUCAAGUUGAAAAUAGUGAAAUGACCGAUCAGGGUGAAAAAAUAUAUGGCGAAUUUACAUUGGCAAGCAAUUAUGCAUCAUUCGAUACUGUUGAAGAUUUUUUAGCUACCGACUUACCCGAAUCUCCUUGA